UCGCCGCAUUUGGAUGGCUUUCGGUGUCACUCUGGUGUUUUUGUCUGAACGGAACAAACUCGGUUUUCAUCGCGAAACCCUUUGACUGCGAUGACCUGCAAACUCGGAGGCCUGUUCAGCAUCGGGGAGGACCUGGAUGAUGAGGACGUGCUGGGGACAGACUGGACGGCCUGCUCGGCUUCUGGACCGGCCAGUGGAGCAGCUGCUGUGUCCUCCUGCGCUCUGCGGGCUCCUGGCCUGUGCGGUGGCCCCGCAUUAAGAGGCAUUGCUGACCCACAGACAGCUGCCGUGGGCCUGAGGCGGCUCUCAUCCUCCGCUCAGCCUCAUCCUCCUCUGAAUAAAUCCCAGCCCAGAUUGGCCCCGCAGCAGGGUCACGCAAACGCGGAGGGGCUGCCGAAGCCCCUGGAUGAUUUCGACGACUGGGAUGUGGACCUGGCAGACUUGGAUGAGUGCGACAGCCAAGUGGGUCAUCUUCCUAAACCCGCUGCUGCCCGCCCACCGUCCGCAGCAACAGCUGAGCCUCCGUCUCCGGGCAAAACGCUGCGGCCCUCGGCCGGCGGAGGAGGUCAAACGCCGCCUAAUCGGACCCUCAGGGAGCUCAGCAACGCGUGCAAGGCUUACGGGUCGUCCAGUCGUCCCGCUCCCCCCUCGGCUCCUCCGCGCAGUCCCGGGGUCUUCCCCGGCCUCGUUGCAAACUCGCCGCCUCCCAUUAGCUUUUCCAGGACAUUUAACAAUCCUCAGCAGCCGCAGAAGCCAUGGGCGACUCCACGGGGAUCCCAUCAGGCUCGCAGCCCCUUUGAGACCGUGUCCCCAGCCCCCUCCCCCUCCGUCGGCUCCUCUAUCAGCCCCCACCCCAUGCACACGCCGGUCCUGACCAACCGCCUGGUCCAGCUGGUGUCGGCCUCCAGUAAGCUCCCGAAGAAGAGGCCUCGCUCGGAGGGUCAGCAGCCCCGGACCCGCCGCUUCCCCGGCCCCGCGGGACUCCUGCCACAGCAGCCGCAGGGUCAGGACCUGGAUGAGAUCGUGGUCUCCGCUCCUCAGACUCCGGCCCACGGGGCAGCAGCCCGACUGCCAAGCCAGGGCUCCGGCUCCCAGAGCGAAGAGGAGGAGUUUGGCGGCGGCGGCUGGGCGGCGAUGAAGGCGGAGAUGGGUCUGGACGAGCGGAACCCCUCCUGCUUCCUGCACACCCACAGCGUCAUCAUGGUGCUGCGGAAGGCUGCUCUCAAACAACUGUCCAGAAACAAAGUGCCCAACAUGGCUGUGCUCCUGAAAAGCAUCAUCCACACGCAGGCCGACGCCAAGGCUGUGUUCAAAGACCCAACGGGGGAGAUCCAGGGGACGGUCCACCGGCAGCUCCUGGAGGACCGGGUGGAGGAGCUGAAGGUUGGAGCUGUGCUGCUGCUCAAACAGGUGGGCGUGUUCUCCCCCUCCCACCGGAACCACUACCUGAACGUGACCUCCAACAACCUGCUGAGGGUCUACCCCCCCGACGGGGCCAGCCCGGCCCCCGCCCGGCCCCCCCCGCUGCUCCAGAGCCCCUGCGUCCCCCUGCGGGAGCCGUCCACGGCGGGGGGGGGCCCCCGCGGCCCCGGGCAGCCCGUGUCUCAGAUGCAGCUGCUGUUCGACGAGGAGGAGGACGAGGGCGGCAACGAGGAGGGGGGGCCGGCCGAGGAUCCAAGGGCGCAAACGGGAGCACAGGACAACCAAUCGCUGGCCCCCUGCAGAGGCCUCCCGGAGCGUGAAGGGAACCCAGCAGAGCGGGACGCAGACUGGGAAGCAGACGACGACCUGGAUGAACUGCUGGGGGAGUUACCCGAGGACACCUACAGCCUCUGA